AUGGCCGCGGGCCGCGCCUCUUCCAACCCUGGCGAGUCCUCUAAUGCGCCGGCUGUUGAGGACACCGCGGAGCUGGAACGCGCAACGGCAACGACGAGGCAGGCUCGCAGCGACGACUUUGACAGUCCGGGUACGCGCUUUCAAACCUUUGUUCUGUUAAACUAUCGCUGCCCGGUUGUUAGGCCUCUUUGCUUCCUCCUUGUUCCUCCUGUCGAUCUGUGGAUUUCUCAAUCCAAUGGGGGUUCUUCGGCUCCCCCUGCCUUGGUUAGCAACGCCCUGAGCUACCACUUCUGUGGUCCUCUGGAAGCUUUUCGGGUCACGCCCUGCUCUGCUUUCCUCUUCUCCAUUAGUGUCGCUACGGAAUCUGUCAAAAAUCACCUCUGUAGAAUUGGUGUAAUUGCCAUUCAGGGCAUCAUCUUCCACCUCCAUCCGGACGCCGCCGCCGCUCGCUCGUUUCUUGACUUUCUUCGGCGGCCCGGCAACGGUGUGCCCAUUUCAAAAUUUGAAAGUAGCACUGUUGCCUUUUCUGACAACGGACAGUCGCCAAGGCCCAUUCCGGCACCUCAGCCCAGUCUAGGCAACGGUGCUUUGGGGGCCGAACAGCCCAACGUUACUUUAAAGCCCGGUCAAGAAGUCGGCAACUUGGGUGCCUUCGCCCAGUCUAUCUUCUCUGCCCCUGUCAGCGGCAGGUUUGACUCGUGUCACCAGCCUGACGGGCCCUCCCCCAUGCAUUCUCUGAUCGAGGAUAUCCCAAUUCCUCAUUUUCCUCGUAUUAACGCUGAGACGUCCCAUCGCCCGCUUCCUCCGCUCUCUACUACUACGGUCGGUGCUGCUACUGCUGUAAAAAUCCUGACGACGGAUGGUGAGCAGGGUGCGGACUCACCACCCGCUCAUGACUGGAAUCGCCCCCCUGCCCUCCACCUCACCUCCCCGGUUCAGUUUGAAGCUCCACGUUACCAUGCCUAUAGGGGCUAUGAGAUGGCAGGGGCGCAGCUGAACGGCAUGAUCAAACACUGA